CUCUCUCGCCCUCUUUCUCCGUCCGACCGCCGAGCCCCUCCGUCCGAAGGCGUCAUGGGAAACCGCGGCAUGGAGGAGCUGAUCCCGCUGGUCAACAAGCUGCAGGAUGCGUUCAGCUCCAUCGGCCAGGCGUGCAACCUGGACCUGCCGCAGAUCGCGGUGGUGGGCGGCCAGAGCGCGGGGAAAAGCUCCGUGCUGGAGAACUUCGUGGGCAGGGACUUUCUGCCCCGCGGUUCUGGAAUCGUGACUCGCAGGCCCCUGGUCCUGCAGCUCAUCAGCGCCACGGCAGAAUGGGCCGAAUUUCUCCACUGCAAAGGGAAGAAGUUCACGGAUUUCGACGAGGUGCGCCAGGAGAUCGAAGCCGAGACGGACCGCGUCACCGGCGCCAACAAAGGCAUAUCGCCGGUCCCCAUCAACUUACGCGUGUAUUCCCCAAAUGUGCUGAACUUGACGCUCAUCGACUUGCCGGGGAUCACCAAGGUGCCCGUCGGGGACCAGCCGGCUGACAUCGAGCAGCAAAUCCGGGAAAUGAUCAUGCAGUUCAUCACCAGGGAGAGCUGCCUGAUCCUGGCCGUCACGCCGGCCAACACCGACCUCGCCAACUCGGACGCCCUGAAACUGGCCAAGGACGUCGACCCCCAAGGUCUUCGGACCAUUGGCGUGAUCACCAAACUGGAUUUGAUGGACGAGGGCACGGACGCCCGCGACGUGCUGGAGAACAAGCUCCUGCCGCUCAGAAGAGGCUACAUCGGCGUGGUGAACCGCAGCCAGAAGGACAUCGACGGCAAGAAAGACAUCAAGGCGGCUCUGGAGGCAGAGAGAAAGUUCUUUUUCUCCCAUCCGGCGUACAGGCACAUGGCCGACAAAAUGGGCACCCCGCGCCUGCAGAAAGUCCUCAACCAGCAACUGACCAACCACAUCCGAGACACUCUGCCGGCCUUCCGCAGUAAGCUGCAGUCCCAGCUGUUGGCUCUGGACAAGGAGGCCGAGGAAUACCGGGGAUACCGACCGGAUGACCCGUCCCGCAAAACCAAGCAGCUGUUGCAGAUGGUGCAGCAGUUCUCGGUGGACUUUGAGAAGCGGAUCGAGGGUUCGGGCGACCAGGUGGACACGGUGGAGCUGUCGGGCGGAGCCAAAAUCAAUCGCAUCUUCCACGAGCGUUUCCCGUUCGAACUGGUCAAGAUGGAGUGCGACGAGAAGGAGAUGCGGCGUGAGAUCAGUUAUGCCAUUAAGAACAUCCACGGAAUCAGGACGGGGCUGUUCACUCCGGACAUGGCCUUCGAAGCCAUCGUGAAGAAGCAGAUCGUCAAGUUAAAGGAGCCCUGCGUCAAGUGCGUGGACAUGGUCAUCCAGGAGCUCAUCAACACGGUGCGCCAGUGUUCCAACAAGCUGGAAUGUUUCCCGAGGCUGCGCGAAGAAACGGAGAGAAUCGUGACUUGUCACAUCCGAGACAGAGAAAGUCGCGCUAAGGAGCAGGUUCUGCUGAUGAUUGACAUCCAACUCUCUUACAUCAACACCAACCACGAGGACUUCAUCGGCUUUGCAAACGCCCAGCAGAGGAGCAGCCAGACCAACAAGAGUCAGAGCUCGGCAACAAAUCAGGUCAUCCGCAAAGGCUGGCUGACCAUAAACAACAUCAGCAUCAUGAAGGGAGGAGCCAAGGAGUACUGGUUUGUCCUGACUGCUGAGAGUCUUUCCUGGUUCAAGGAUGAUGAGGAGAAAGAGAAAAAGUACAUGCUCCCCCUGGACAACCUGAAAGUGCGCGACGUGGAGAAGAGCUUCAUGUCCAGCAAGCACAUAUUCUGCAUUUUUAACACGGAGUCAAGGAAUGUGUACAAGGACAAUCGCACUCUGGAAUUGGCUUGCGACUCGCAGGAUGACGUGGACAGCUGGAAGUCUUCGCUGCUACGUGCCGGGGUCUAUCCCGAGAAGACCACCACGGUCGAGAGCGAGUCCUCCACCACCACCUCGGAUAACUUUUCCAUGGACCCCCAGCUGGAGCGCAAAGUGGAAACGAUCCGUAACCUGGUCGACUCUUACAUGGCGAUUGUGAACAAGUGCAUCCGGGAUCUCAUGCCCAAGGCCAUCAUGCAUCUCAUGAUCAGCAACGUCAAGGAGUUCAUCAACGCCGAGCUGCUGGCGCAGUUGUACUCGGCAGGUGACCAGAACGCCCUGAUGGAUGAGUCCCAGGAGCAGGCUCAGAGGAGGGACGAGGUGCUGAGGACCCACCAGGCCCUGAAAGAGGCCUUGGCUAUCAUCGGCGACAUCUCAACCACCACCAUCACUGUCCCGUUGCCGCCGCCCGUCGACAACUCCUGGGUCGGGGGAACGAGCGGCGGCCGCAGGUCCCCUCCUCCGAGUCCCACUGCUCCAAGGAGGAUGUCUGCAGGCCAGCGCCCAGCACCCCGAGGAGCCCCGCCGCCGCCGAACCGUCCGGGCCCCCUGGGGCCCUUCAAUAAUGCCGCCGAGAGCCCCCAGGCCCCGAGCCGCCCGAACCGGGCCCCUCCGAGCGUCCCCAGUCGACGACCACCGCCAUCCCCGACAAGACAAGCACCGCCAUAACCAUCCAGAGGGGGGCGCGCUUCUUCUUCUUCUUCUUCUUCUUGUCUUUCUCUCUUAGCCAUGGCUCUGCUGCCCUCUCCUCUCCGUCGUGCAACUCAUGUUGUCCCCUUGACCCGCCAUCUCCUGCCAGCUGCCCAUGUCUAUAUUAUCUCUGUACAGUAUUGUACUCGUCUUGUGGUGUAUUUGUACGUGCGCUUGUUGCUCGCCUGUGGUCCAGAUAAGCUUUGGCAGAACCGCAUCCUAGUGUCAAGUCACCGCCAGCUUUUCCCCUUCCCCACGCUGCCCCCUCCCCCCAAGAACUCGCUGCUUUGACGUGAAAUUAUGCUCAGCCCAUGUGCUGUCGUAUUCAUUCCAAAACGCGGCACGACAGAUAAGCUGCUUUUGAUGCAUGCGUGGGAGAGUAUGUGCGCAAGUGUGUUUUGCGGGAAUGGGUGGGGGUCCUCAUUUGCCUAUAGAAUUAAUUUAUUGUACAACCCUCCCAUAAGUGUUAAUUAUCAGCCGAUUGUUCUUUAUAGGAACAAAGUGGUAUCUUAGUGUGUGUGUGUGUGUGUAAACACGCGUUUGUGUGCAAGUAAUACUGUGCAGGUGUGUACGUACAGUAUGCAUAUGCAGUCUGUCUGCACGUUUGUCGCCGUUUCAGUUGUACUCGCGGUGAAUGAUGAGUCAUCAAACCCUCGAGCGGGGUUGGGGUAGAUUUAACCAUUGGACUUUCGUGAGAUGUUUGCGUGUCGUAGUAGCAGCCGCGCACGCGCGGCGAGGCUGAGGAGCACCGUCGGUAUUCUCCGUGGGAAACGGACUCAAUGCUACAUUGAACCUCGUCCUGGGUGUCCACCUGUGCCGCGUCAAAGGUCAAAGUCGUGACCCUUGACGCCUUAAGCUCGAACUCAGAUGCUGACUGCUGCCGCUGCGGCCGGAACACGCUUCCGUGUUUUCCAGCGGGCGAACAGGUUGCACCGUGACGUACAUCUUCCCUUUUAGCUUUGCUUCUCAGGCUGAAGAAAGGCGAGCUCUAUUUCUCUCUAUUUCGUCACUCUCCUGGUCUUUCCUCAUAUCAGUCAGUCAGCAUCUGUGUUGGACCUUAAGCAGCUGUUGUCAUUUUGUUCAAGUGCUUCUCUGUCACUUUGUUCACGUGUUUAUGGUCCUCAACUGUAUUCUGGUUCUGCUGUAUAUAAGUAUUUAAAUAAGGAAAAUACUGUACCUGUGGAGUCUUCAGACCUCACCAUGCAUCUUAGCGCGUUCAUGGUUCUCUCGUCUAUUCACUCGACGUCCUAUUUAGACGGCCUUACCGGCAUGAAUUAUAAUUCUGUAUUGCCAAAGCGAGAUAUAGAGAGAGAAUUGCAGAGUAUAACGAGAAAACUAAAGAAGAACAAUCAAAUGAUUCUAUUUGUGUAGUAAGAUGUUUGUCAAAGAAAAAAAAAAUGGCAAAUUGCAUCUAUGGUUAUUUUCUGUGUCUCUAUUGUUCCUCAAUAAUGAUAAUAAUAAAAAG